AUGCCCGGUAUAGGCAGCCGUAUCGAGAGCACCUCUCAGCUGGCACUCUGCAAGAGAUUGCUCUUGCAAGCUGGAAACCAGGAGCAACAGCGAAGUCUGACGGAUGCACAGCGAAAAUGGCUGGGGGAGGUAGUGAAGGAGGACAUUGAGCAGCGACAUAUACACGAGUUGUCGAGCACAGUCUUGGAGGAGUUCAUCAACAACAACAUCAAAGACUCAACAGCCAUCGCCGAAAUUUUGCUCAUUGCACCAACGCUGGACGAGGAACACUACCGUGUGUUGCUGAACGGCUUUAUCAAGGCGUUUGAGGAAGCCACACUACAGGAUACGUUCCUACUCCAAGGUCUGAUCCAGCUUGUCCAAUCAGCGACGGACGGUUGCCUUCACCAAGACGACUUGGUCCGAGUCCUGGCGAUCCUGAGGCAGCAACUGGAGAACACGCAUAUUCAGUCCAGUGAACACCCCUUCCAUCUGACCGUCGCUGUCGCUCGUGUGCUCGAUGUCAUGGCAGAACGCAAGGUCGAGAAUCUAGAUCGAGUGACGGAGCGCGAGCCGCUUUUGAAGAUCUUGAAUGUGGUCCGGGAGAGCCAUGACCCUUACCUCCUGUAUCAGGCCUCAUAUGCCUUCCAAGCAUUGCAGUACGUCCCGGACGAGGAAACCGCCCUUCAAGCCGUUCUGCGUCACACCGGCAACGUCGCGGAGGGAGUCAUCAAGGUCUCUGGUGUGGUUAAGAUAGAUCUUAACAAUCUCUUUGACGGUCUGACUAAACUCCAAAAGACUGUGAGCGAGACAUACGAUGCGGUGAAGAGUGGUUUCGAAGGCGUGCGCACCUUGGUCCAGGGUGGGCGAGGUGUCUUCGACUCUCUCAAACAGGGAUUGGGGUCUGGCUUCAAACGUCCUUGGUACCCCGCCCUCCGUGCCGCCGAUGUUCUGGUCCGUGGCGGUCGGCUUUACGAUUUCAAGAGCCUUGUUCUGGAAGCGCCAUGUCGACACGAGCCCGAGUUUCAAUGGGGGAUCUCUCAGCUGUUGGGAGAGAUCGCAAUGGAUCCUUCAUGGGACUACCCUGUGCGCCAGCAGUCAGCCACAUUUCUGAUCUAUUUACUCGAAUGCGGCAAAAGAUGGACCAAGGAUGACAGCGUCAGGCUGUGGAUGUUGACGAUCCUCCGCCACCUCAGGGACUCGCCAGACAAUAUAAUCAUAGGAGAAGCUCGCGGCAGGUUGAAGGACUUACUCAUUGUCAAGGACGACGUGCUCUACGACUCUUUUCCACUGGUCGACACUUUGCCUGAAUCCACUUCAUCACCUCUUCUCGAUCGCGUCCAGCCCACUGCAGCCGUCGAGCGUGACCUGGCCAACCUGAAACGAAUUCAGACAGAGGACUACAAUGGAGGGAUUUACAUCUCACCUAAUGCCAAGGCCAACUUGCUGGAAAAGGAUCGACUGUCCUUCCCGUUGAUGCCGAAGGUUAGGCGGUUCUUGAAGAGCAAGCAACACGUCUUUUUAUUGCUCGGCGACUCGGGAGCCGGCAAGUCAAUGUUCAAUCGACAUCUGGAGUAUGAGCUAUGGGGGAGCUACACGAAGGGCGGCAGGAUACCACUGCACAUCAACUUGCCCGCCAUUGACCGACCCGAUCAGGAUUUGAUCGCCAAGCAACUCGGUAUUCAUGGCUUCAAGUACGAACAAAUCAUGGAGAUGAAGCAGAACCGUGAGUUUGCGGUGAUUUGCGAUGGCUAUGACGAGAGCCAACUCCAAGCCAACCUGUACGGAUCCAACCAGUUCAAUCGACCGCUUCAGUGGAAGGUCAAGAUGAUCAUAAGCUGCAGGAGCACCUACCUCAGUCAAGAUUACCGAGGGCGUUUCGAGCCGGUGUCGUCUGACAAGUAUGCCCCUCUCCCUGGCCUCUUUCAGGAAGCUGUCAUCGUCCCAUUUUCGAGCGACCAGAUCACAGAGUAUGUCGGCAAGUUUGUGCACCUCAAGGACACCCGCAAUUUGUUCAUUGACCAACGAGUAUGGGAUGUGGAGGAGUACAUGGGCAAGCUUCGGAGCAUUCCCAACAUGAUGGAGCUGGUCAAAAACCCAUUUCUGCUGGUGUUGUCCUUGAAGUCACUCCCAUCCGUCUAUAACGACUUCCCCGAGGUUACCAAGUUCAAGGCAACCCGUGUAAUGCUCUACGACGGUUUCAUCGACCAGUGGAUCCAGGUCAACCAGAGACGAUUCCAGAGUGUUUUUCACUUGUACUCUUCCGAGGUUCAGGCUGAGUACGAGGAACUCGCCAGCGAGGGCUUUGCAGAGGCUGUGAAGAGCUACUCCAAGAAUCUGGCGGCACAUAUCGUCACAAAGAACGGCAACAACCCCCUUGUACAAUUUGGGAAAAAGGACAAAGGAACCUGGAAGGAGGGAUUUUUUGGACGCGACAUAAGGAGCAAGAUUCUCCGCGAGGCCAGCCCGGUGACACGUGUAGGCAAUCAAUAUCGGUUUAUUCACCGGUCGCUGGUCGAGUAUUUUUACUCCCUCGCUGUCAGCGACGAAUCCGAUCUUGCAGACUCCAACGCCGAGCCCACCAGUCCUGUCGAGCGUGCCGUUUCCGACUCCACCGUCAACAAAGCCCUGGCGACUUUCGGGGACGAUGAUAAUGUCGACUCUGGAGUAAUAUCGCCAGCAAGGGUCUCUUCUCCUGUAGGUGCUCCUUCUCCAACCAGGACGCCACCGCCAACCAGGGCGCCAAGUCCAAUCUGUGCUCCAUACCCGGCAAGGACGCCUUCUCCGGUCGAUGCCCCAGCUCCAGUCAGCAGCACGGAAUUAGCAGACACUCAUGCUCGUGUCGACACUCCAGACUCAGUGGAGAGCUCUUCCAGUCUCCUUUUCGAGGCUCGAUCCUUAGCAAGAGCUCCUUCCACAGUCCGAGACUCGGUUCCAAGCAGGCCGACAUCACUCCCACCCCAGAGUCUUUCUCCGACUAGGAUCCCUCCUCUCCCAGCUCCAGCCUUGACAGUACUUUCAAGACCACUCAGGAAACUAUCUUUGGGUCUGCCCAACCCAUCGCUUCAGAAAGUCCUUGUCAAGGAUCCGUCCACCCUUCAAUUCUUGGCUGAGCGUGUCCAACAAAACGAAGCCUUGAAACAGCGAUUUUUUGCAUCCAUUGAGCGCUCAAAGUCGGACUCCAGUGCUGCCGUCGAUGCCGCCAAUGCCAUCACCAUCCUAGUCCGAGCGGGAGAGCGGUUCAACGGGUUCGAUCUGUCCGGAGCCCGCAUUCCCGGAGCCGAUCUGUCUGGAGGAGAUUUUGAUUCGGUCCAACUGGCAGGAGCAGACUUGACUGGUGCGACGCUCACGAGGGCCUGGUUUAGACAUGCCAACUUCAUGGGCGCCCAGAUGAGGGAUGUGCAGUUUGGUGAGUGGCCAUUUCUCCAGAUGAAGGUUGAGGUCAACACUUGUGCCUAUUCGCCAGAUGGCCAGCUGCUUGCCGUUGGGUUUAGCGGAGGCGCCAUCACUCUAUUCAGCACCGAGACCUGGUUACGAGUGCGUGAUCUUGUAGGCCAUAACUGGACCGUCACCUACCUGUCGUUCUCUCCAAACAACGAACAGCUCGUUUCCGCAAGCGAGGACAAGUCGGUCAAGCUAUGGAAUGUCAAGACGGGUGUCCUCGAAAAGACGAUAGCUGACCAGUCCGAGACGGUCGCAUGUGUAGCCUACUCCCCCGACGGCACCCAGGUUGCCGCUGCCAGCCAUGACUCUUUUGUCCGCGUGUACGAUCUUGCCACGGUUAAUGUCGUACUGAAGCUAAAAGGACAUCUCGGUGCUGUCAAGAGCGUCACGUAUUCACCAAGCGGAGAUCUCAUGGCCACUGCAAGUUACGAUUGGACCGUGCGGUUGUGGGACCCUAAGACAGGACUUCAGACGCAUGUUAUGUGGGGACACUCGGCAUGGGUCACCAGUGUCUCGAUCUCCCCUGUCAAUAGCCUUGUUGCCUCGAGUGGACAGGACAUGACUGUGCGAUUGUGGAACGGUACGAAUGGCAUGCCUCUCUACAUUCUGAAGGGGCACACUGCGUUUGUCAAGAAGGUCUCCUUUUCUCCAAGCGGUCACCAACUCGCGUCUGCCAGUGGGGACCAUACUGUCCGCCUUUGGGAUGGCUUGACAGGGACCCCCGGACCUGUUCUUAGUGGCCAUACGAAGUCGGUUGUGACUCUGUCCUAUUCCCCCGACAAGGGCAAGGCCCAGAUUGCCACAGGAAGCUGGGAUUCGACUGUUCGUCUGUGGGAUACCAGUGCCAGCGCCCUUUUGAGCGAGCAGUGUCCAUCCAUCGGCAGCGUCGAAAAUGUGUCUCAGUCGCCGCCCAACGACCUCAACCGGACCCUGAACGGAGGCCAUUCAUCAUCAUCAAGUUUGGACACGAGACUCGAAUUUUCAACCGCGACUGGCAUAAACUCGAGCGACCAUACAUUCAGUUUCUCGUCGGUGGCAUGUUCGUCGGACGGUCAACUGGUCGCCACGUGUAGCAUCGAUCUGGUCCGUCUUUACAAUGCCAACACUGGUGCUUCCACUGCCGACCUGCGCGGUCAUAGCAACUCUGUUACCAGCAUAGCCUUUUCGCACGACAGCAUGUACAUCGUCUCUGGCAGCUACGACAAAACGGCCCGGAUCUGGAAUGUUCAGACAGGAGAGGGGGGACACACGCUAGGUGGACACACUGAUGCUGUUACCUCAGUUGCCUUUUCUCCGACGGGGGCUCAUAUCGCGACUGGAAGUGACGACCGCUCGGUGAUGGUGUGGUCCGCCCGAACUGGCAAGGUCUGCUAUAUCCUUCCUGGCCACGCCGGGGUUGUCAAGACCUUGAUCUAUUCACCCAACAAGCAGCAGAUCCACUUGGCCUCUGGAAGCGAUGACAACUACAUCAAGCUCUGGCAUGCACGCGAUGGUCGAUUUGACCGCGACCUGAGAGGGCAUGGCAACGCUGUCGAGUCGGUAUCGUUUACGUGUGACGGCAAGAUCCUAGCUUCAGGAAGUCGAGAUGGAACCGCGAGAAUUUGGGACGUUACUUCUGGCCAGACCACACACGAACUGACGGGUGCCACAGGACACAAGAGCGCUGUCACCGCCAUUGCCUUUUCUCCCAACAACCUCCGUGUAGCGACUGGAAGCUGGGACAAGACGGUCAAGAUCUGGGAUGUGCAAACUGGAGCGUGUCUGGUCACGGUGGAGGAGUUUGUCGGGGAGGUGAACAGCAUUGCAUGGAAACCUCUGUUCCCAACAGACAAUGGCAGUAUGUACUUUGUCACUGGAUGCGCAGACAAGUCGGUCAGGAUGUGGAAGCUGGUGGAGCAUAGUGACGGGUCCUGCAAGGUGCAAUUGUAUUGGAGGUCUGCUUUUGAUGGAUUCAUGGUCAAGUUAGCCAAUGUCCAGGGGGUUGUUGGGCUAAGCAACAACAAUGAGAGGCUGCUGGAUCAGAGAGGUACCAUUGGCGAGCCUCGAUGGCGCUAG